AUGUCUAAGAUACCCAGCCAGCAGGUGGAAUGGACACGAAUGGGACUUGAACAACAAUCCGAUGCGCUAGGAAAAUGGCAUUAUCCAGCAGAUGGCACCUCGGACAACGAUGACCGUCCGGAAGCUGCAAAGGAAACCAUCCCGGUUCAAAUGCCGCUGAAGAACUGGCGAUUUCAACCAGGAAAAGCGUCUUACAAGAAAGCUGCGUCAGCUGCAACAACACCGCGAUAA